UUUUUCUGACUUUUUCACAUUCACAUUUCGGUUUUAGCAUUCGAACGACUGAGGUCUGACGAUUUAGUAGAUCACCAGCCUUGGGCUCCCGACGUUAUAUCUUUUCUUGAGAAAAUAAAAAAAAAUUAAGAGAGGAGUAUAAAAAAUCUAUCGGAUUAACUCGGAAGACAAAAAAGGAAUUAAGAUACAAAUUUAGUGAAUAUUUUUUUGAUAAAUUUUUUGAUAAAAUGGCCUCUGCAGUAAAAACAACGAAAAAAACCUAUACAUACCGUUCAGGAGUUGGCGGUAAUAGCGAUGUUAGCAUUGAAUACAGUGCUGAUCUCAGUGCCCUUUCGCGUUUGGAGGAUAAAAUUCGUAUCCUCCAAGAUGAUUUGGAGGCUGAAAGAGAAAUCCGCCAAAGAAUCGAACGCGAAAAAGCAGACAUGAGUGUACAACUUAUCUCCAUUUCCGAACGUUUAGAAGAAGCCGAAGGUGGUGCCGAAAGCCAUUUGGAAUUCAGCCGCAAACGAGAUGUUGAAUUAGGCAAAUUGCGCAAGCUUCUUGAAGAUGUUCAUUUGGAAUCAGAAGAGACAGCACACUUGUUGAAGAGAAAGCAUCAAGAAAUUGUCGUUGAUUUCAAUGAACAAAUUGAACUUCUUUCCAAAGCUAAGUCAAAAGCUGAAAAAGAAAAGGCAAAGUUCCAGGCUGAAAUCUACGAAUUGUUCGCUCAGAUUGAAUCCUCAAACAAGGAAAAAAUCAUCUAUGUCAAACAAAUCGAAAGACUCGAAGUCAGCGUUACUGAACUUAACGUUAGAAUUGAAGAAUUAAACCGCACAAUCAUUGACAUCACCAAUAUUAAACAGCGUAUUACCCAAGAAAACAUCGAUUUAGUUAAGGAAGUCCAAGACCUCAAGAUCAACAUUGAAAACGUUACAUAUUCAAGAUCCCAGGUUCUUUCUCAAUUAGAAGAUUCCAGACGUCGUUUGGAAGAAGAUGAACGUCGCCGCUCAUCAUUGGAAGCAACUUUGCGUCAAGUUGAAUCUGAUAUGGAAUCACUCCGUCUUCAAUUGGAAGAAGAAUCUGAAGCUCGUCUUGAUUUGGAACGUCAAUUGAACAAGGCCAAUGGAGAUGUUUCUUUGUACAAGAACAAAUAUGAAACAGAAGCUGCUUCCCGUAUUGAAGAAAUUGAAGAACUCCGUCGUAAAUUCACAAUCCGUAUCAAUGAACAAGAAGAACACAUCGAAUCUUUGGUCGUCAAGAUCAACAGCUUAGAAAAGAUCAGAACAAAGUUGACCACAGAAAUUGAAGUUCUUAUCAUUGAUUUAGAGAAAGCUAAUGGUGUUGCCCGUGAUUACCAAAAGCGCGUUGAGAUCCUCGAAAGAACCAACAUUGACUUGAAGACACGCUUGGAAGAACAUAUUGCUCUUUAUGAAGUUGCCCAACGUGACCUCAGAAACAAGCAAAUUGAAGUUUCACGCCUUACUGGUGAAUUGGACAAGACCCGUGACCAAAAAGAUCAAUUGGCACGUGAAAACAAGAAAAUUGGAGAUGAACUCCGUGAAUCAAAGAACACAGUCAGUGAAUUGACCCGUCGUCUUCAUGAAUAUGAACUUGAAAUCCGUCGUCUCGAGAACGAACGUGAAGAACUCACUGCUGCAUACAAGGAAGCCGAAGCUGGACGCAAAGCUGAAGAGAAGCGUGCUCAGUCAUUGGCAUCUGAAUAUGGACAGUUCCGUCACGACGCUGAACGCCGCAUUCAAAUCAAGGAAGAAGAAGUUGAAUCAAUUCGCAAGCAAACAAGCAUUGAAAUUGAACAACUUAAUGCACGUGUCAUUGAGGCUGAAACUAAAUUGAAGAGUGAAGUUCAACGCAUCAAGAAGAAGUUCCAAAUCACCAUCACUGAAUUGGAAAUGUCAUUGGAUGUUGCUAACAAGACCAACAUUGAUUUGCAAAAGACAAUCAAGAGACAAUCAUUGCAGUUGGUUGAAAUCACUGCUCAAUAUGAAGAACUCCAACGUCAAUUGCAAACAACAAUUGAUCAAUACAGCAUUGCCCAACGUCGUAUCCAAUCAAUGGCUGGUGAAUUGGAAGAAAUGCGUGCCAACUAUGAUCAAGCACUCCGCUCUAAACGUCAAGUCGAAAUCUCAUUGGAAGAAUCAUCAACUCGUAAUUCUGAAUUGACAAACAUCAAUAUUAACUUACAAAACAUGCGCUCCAAGAUUGAAGCUGAACUCACCACAUUAGCUUCAGACUACGAAGAAGUUACACGUGAAUUACGUAUGAGUGAUGAGCGCUACCAGAAAGUACAGGUGGAGCUUAAGAGCACAAUCCAAAUCCUUCAUGAGGAACAAGAACGCAUCGUUAAGAUUGAAACAAUCAAGAAGUCAUUGGAAGUUGAAGUCAAGAAUCUUUCAGUCCGUCUUGAAGAAGUUGAAGCUAACGCAGUUGUUGGAGCCAGACGUGCUAUUUCAAAAUUGGAAUCACGCGUCCGUGAUAUGGAAAUUGAAUUGGAAUCCGAAAAGAAGAACCACGCUGAAACCAUCAAGAUCUUGAGAAAGAAGGAACGUACAGUCAAGGAAAUUGUCAUUCAAUGCGAAGAAGAUCAAAAGAAUGUUUUGUUGUUGCAAGAAGCAUUGGACAAGGCUAAUGGCAGACUCUCUCAAUACAAACGUCAAUUAUCUGAACAGGAGGCACUCUCAGCAUCAUCAAUCACCCGUGUUCGUCGCGUACAACGUGAAUUGGAAACUGCAGAAGAACGUGCUGAUGUUGCUGAAACAAAUUUGAACAUGGUCCGUACCAAGCAUCGUACAUUUGUCACAACAUCAACAGUUCCUGGCAGUCAACUCUAUUUAGUCUCAGAAACCGUUCGUCAAUCAUCAAUUGAACGUUCUUAAAUGCCUUUUAAUUGCAAAUCAAUGAUAAACAAAAAAUAAUAUUUACACCUAUAAACAUACACAUAUUAUAGACAUCCAAAAAGCUAUAUAGAUCACAGCACGAAAGAGAGAGAUUGAUGAAUUUAUUUUUGAUCAAUGAUGAAACUUAACUUAUUUUUUAUUUAAUAAAAUAAAAUAAAAUAAAAAUGAAAUGCAAAUUUUGAUGAGAAUUUUUAGCAAACACCUAACACAACAUCAUGGUGGAUAUUUAAGAAGAACCAAAAACCAUUUACACAUACACACAUACACAUACAAAAACCAAUUUUUAUGUAAUAUUAAAUUAAAAAACUUUUUUAUUAAUUAUUGUAUUUUUAAAAUGAGUAAUGAGGGCUGUAAAAGUUAAAUUUAUGGUCCAAAAAUUUUUUGCCGUUUAAAUAAAAUAAGAGCCAUAUAUGGAGGAAUUGUAAGCAACUCUAGAGAUUUUUCAAGCUAACAACAACUACGCAACAACCCGGGCUUUCAUAUAAAAACAUCAUUUUUUCAUUGUCUGUUACUUGUAUAGUUCCUGAGUUUGUUCUUUUAUGAUUUCUUUUAUUUUUAUUUUACUACGUUUUUUUGUUCAAUCCCCUUUGGAGAUAUGCAUAUUUUCUUGUAAUUAUAUUAACAUCUUGCCAAAAAAAAUCUAUUGAAUUCGAUCGAUGUAACAAAACAACAAAAAAGUUUAUUAAUAAAACUUUCAUUAAAAAUCC